UUAUAAUUAUUAUUAAAAAAGGUGGCAACAAAAAAGAGGCUUACCUUCUCCUCAACCUUCCUUCGGCGGAAGCGACCCUGUUGUUACCUGCUCUGUAUCUGUCUCUCUCUUAUGGUGGGAUGUGAGAGGGAGAUGCCGAAGGCGAGGAGGCCUUGGGGAUUAGCCUGAAGAUGUCGGCGAUGAUGUCUGAUGAGUGUAGGAAAUGGAAAGACCAUUUUUCUUGGAGACAUGGGCUCGCCCGAAGAUUUUACUUUCUCAAGGUUCUCGUAGGCGACUUCUCAACUAAGUUAGAAAUCCCACAAAAUUUUGUACAACGUAUUGUUAGAGAGCAACAUGAAACUGUCUUCUUAAGGGGUCCUAGCGGCACCGUUUGGAAUGUUCAGUUGAAGAAAGCAGGUGGCAGAUUCUCUUUUGAGAACGGUUGGCAGGAAUUUGUAGAACAGCACUCUUUAAAUGAAAACGAUGUUUUAGUUUUCAGAUAUGAUGGUGCUUCUCAAUUUUCAGUUCAGAUAUUCGAUGAUACUGGAUGUGAAAGAGAAGAUACAUUCUACGUUAUGAGCCUGAAAAAUGUGAAUGGGAGCAGAGAACGACUGGCACAAGGGGAAUCAGAAGAAGAUUUGGUUGAAAUCAUAUCACCAGAUGGAGCCCAUGGAUAUGUGCCACCGAAAUUUCAUAUGAACUAUGAAUCUGAAGGGCUGCGGAAAGCACAUUUCAUGAGAUCCUUGUCCUUGACUGGAAGAGAGAAUUUUCUAGAACAUAGUUCCGGCAGAUUUCUUCUCGACAGGGAACAUUGUGCUCAAUCAGGAGAGUCGACUAACAGAGUCAGCAUUUCACCUUUUUCCAGUUGUAUUUCUAAAUCCUUCAAAAGAAUGGAAAAUAAGGUGGCAAUGUUUUCAUCAGAUGGGAAAAACAUAGGCUCAAUUGCUCAUGGUUCAGAAGCAAGGAACUUCAGCUCUGAGGUUAAAAAUUAUUCUAGUUACUCUUUGAAGAGGAAGGUUUCUGAUGAAUCAGAUCAGCAUAAUGAACUGAAUAACAUACGAGGACCAGUUCAUCUGAGAUCGCUAGACUUUGAUGUGGCGGAGAAGGAUAUGCAAAAUAAUUUCUUGCAGAACUCCCAAGAUGAAAAAUUCAUAACUCAACGAGGAGAACAAGCCAUUACUAUUGCUGAGCUGCCAAAUGUCCAAUAUUGCUCUGGGACAACAUAUAGAAAAGAAAAUAAGCGCAUUGCUAGUUCUUCAAAGGGGGAAACUGCACAACCAAGUAUGUCACAUGAUCUGGUUUCUGCAAGACAGGCCUCAAGCUCUGACCAAAAGAUGUUCUCCUUUCCUGCUGCUAAAAAAAAGCCAAAUGGUGGUCCAGGACGCCCUGCCAAGUGGAAUGGUCCUAAGUCUCAACGUGGUUGUUUGGAAAUCUUAAAAUCAGGUCAAUCUGGUGUGACAGUUAAAAGGUCCACUUAUACAAGAGCUUUUGUUUCGGGCAGGAGACCUGUGACGGAUGAUGAGAAAACGAGAACAAAAACUGCAGCACUUGCUUUCCAGUCUGUCCAUCCAUUCUUUGUUGUGGUCAUGAAAGCAACAUUCGUUUCUAGAGGCUUUUACAUGCAUAUUCCUUUGAAAUUUGUGAAGGCACACCUUCCUCAACAGGAUGCAAAAUUCAUGUUGCGGACUGGAGACGGGAGAGAAUGGCAAGUAAGUUACCUUUACAAAGAAGGAAGAUCUGGUUUCUUGGGCGGUUGGGCAGAUUUUGUUUUUGCCAAUAAUCUGGAGGAAGGUGAUGCUUGUGUCUUUGAGUUCAUCAAGGGUGGCAAAGACUUGGCAAUGGAUGUUACUGUAUUUAGGGUGGUAGAACAGAUUACUCCCCUGACCAAGCGCUACUUCGUUCAGAAUCUUAAAGAAACACCGAAGCUGGCCUUUUCUAGGUAAGGAGUGGACUAAAUACGAGAGGGUUGAGUUCUUGCUGUCAGGAAAAUGCUGCUACUGUUGGAUGCUGGGGUGGGGUGAGAAAUAUGUACAUUUUACAUCUAGCAUCAUUGGUGUCUCUGUAAGAAACUAAGAGAUACUUCAAACGCUCUAAAGGGAACGUAUGUGAAUAUCUGUUCUGUUGCUGCUUUUAAUGCUCUCGUGGUUUAGUUCAUACAAAAUCUCCAAUCGUUCUUGGGAUAUGGAGAACAUUUGUGACUGCUUUGUUUUGAUUCAGAGACGAGCUUUCAUGAUGCUCACAGCGACUUUCGGACAUAUCCUUUUUCAGAAAACAUGCUCACAGGGUCAACAGGCAAAUGUUGUGGACUUCAUAUUUCUGAGACUCUAAGGGCAUGUUUGGAAAGUGAAUUCUUCUUCAUAUGUGUAGGGUCAACGACAUGUCAAAGCAGGUCAGGGCACCUAAGCGUUGUCAGCUAUUUCUGCAUUUUGUUUUAAGUUGUGAGAAUCUUGUUAUGGUUUAAUCACCACUCAUUUGUGAAAUAAAAUAAGCUAGUUAUUUGGUCUACUGUAUAAAA